AUGGAACCCUUAUGGAGUAUAUUUUCAGCUGGAUCUCUUAAAAGAUCUAAAUCUGAUAAAAACCUACAAAAGAUAACUCCAAAUCUUGCCACUACAAAGGACGCCACAUACGAAAUUUUAAAACUACUUCGAAAAUGUGACCCUGAGACUCGGUCGUAUAAGGAAUUGCAAACAGCACUAAUCAAUCUAACUCAGGUUUUCGAGGCUGAUGAUUAUGCCAUAUGCGUGAUAUACUUUCUUAGAAACAAUGGACUUGUGACACUGGGAGCAAAGUUUAGAGAACUCCCAACUAACAUCUUGGUCUUGGUUUUUAAUCUACUCCAGAUUCUUGUCGAAAAGGUUUGUGGGCAUGAUGAAGCUCUAGCAAAAGAUAGGGAUAUGGUUUUGGGAAUAACGUCGGUUCUCCAAUCCUUAUUAAAUUACCCCAUUGUUAAUGGUUCUUUAGAGCAAAGUCUUGCGGACUUUCUUCUUUGUCUGGCAUCGCUUAUGCGACGUACUCCAAGACUUUUGGUUUCUUGGUUUGAAAUAAUCGAGGCUUUUUGCGGGGCUCCAGUUCUCCAAAAGAAAGAGGACCCCAUAAAUGAAUUUAGUGAAGAAGAAGAAGAAGAAGAACAGAAUAAAAAGGAUUCUAAAAAUCAAAAAGCAAAAUCAGUAAAUUCUGAUGUACAAUACAACCGCGAAUUCCCUAUGUUUUACUUACUUCUAGAGUACAUACAUCACGGAGGCAAAGUUGGUGAAGUUUCAAGAACAGCAUUAUUAUACCUAAUGGAAGUAGCUUCGACAUACAAACCAAUUACUCAGUGGGUAAUUGACAGCGAUCUGGGAGGGUUUAUGGCAUCAGGCUUAGGUGCCUUGUACUCGCAGCUUUGUCGAGCUAUGUCAAAAGAAGGGUCAAUCAAUCACUCUGAAAUUACAUUUGAACAGAUGACUAAUGAGGAAAAAGAAAUAAAGUUGGAUUCUGACAAUAAUUCUAUCAACAGCAAUCAAGAUUUGAAAACAUUUCUUUCUUAUUUUCUUUUUUGGCAAGACAUUAUGGGAUUCUGCAAUGAUAUUGAUGACCUUGCUGAUCAUCUUGUCUAUAAUUUUGACGCGUUAUUUGUUCGCCAGCUUUUAUACCCAUCAAUAAUUGAAACCACAGAUUCAGAGGGUGGGUAUUCAGACGUUCUUAUUGAAAUCCUGGCCACUAUUCUCAACUACUUACAAAAUAACAGAUUAAGUGAACUUAUUGUUUGCUAUUUUAUGGGCCAAGUGGUUGAAAAUAAUCCCAUAAUUCUUGCUAGAUCAAGGAAACGUCGUCCCAAUACUGCUGAAAGUACUAGUAGCUCUCUUUCUUCCAACUCCAUUCAUCAAAAGCCUCUGCUUACAUUGUUUGAUAUAAUGACUACAACAUUAGGGUCCUCAGAUACAAAUAAAAGAGCAUGCACUUUAAAACUACUAGCUAUAUUAAUUGCAAAAUAUUAUCCUUACGUUAUAAAUAAACUGAUACCAACAACCAACAUAAUAACCUCCAUUGAUGGAAAAGGAAACUUCUCAAGGUUCCCAGCUAGCAUUCAUCCGGAGGAAGAAUUGAUUACAGUUCAAAAUAUGAUGAGUCAAGUGGAAUUAGAUUUUCAAAAGUUACCUGAAGAUGAAAAUAAUUAUGUCGAAAUAAUAAGCCUUGAUAGUAAUUUGACCAGAAACGAAAUUAUGAAACGUUCAACUGCUUUGACUGAAACUCUCAAAUUUUUUAGUCACUUUUCUUUGAACCCUGAAGUUGUUUCUAACUACCAACGUGAGAUUGAAGAAAUCUCCAAUUUACAAAUGAAAAAGUUCACACAGUCACGAAAGGUUCAAUUUAAAACAGAGUCCUUAAGUGUCCAUAGAAUUACUUCAGAUAAAACCAAAAUAUUGUCGAGAAGUGAAUGUCAAAGUCGAAACUCAGGAGCUGAUUCUGAUAACCAAUCUUUAGUUAUCCACAAAAAAAAUGUGAUUGAGCAAGUCAUUAACGAGCGAUUUAGUCAUUACUUUGAGAAUGGGUUUGCUGAAAAUUUGGCUUUGACUCAGGUAAUUAUUCGUCUAGGAGCUUGGGGCUAUGUUGAUUUACGAGGUUGGGUUCUUGAUGUGCUUGUGAAUAAUAUUGAAGGUCUCACCAAAGUGCUGGUCAACUCUAAGUUAAAUGAAAUGAAAGAAGCAGGAAUAGAUGCUCCUGGUAAUAAUGACGAGAUAAAUAACAAAAGUGAAACUCUGGAUAUGUCACAGAACAACUUUUUAAAUGCUAAUGAGUCUUUAAAUUUAACUUCUUUUUCCGAUACUGCAAGAUCUGUUGAUGGUUUAAAAACUGAUUUAUCUGCUUGUUCAGAUGACGAUGAUAAAAAAUCUGUGAUUCACCACAUUUACCCUAAAACUAAAGAACCCCCAGAAGAAGCUGUACCUUUUGAUAAAUCAAUUUCUAUUGACACUUUGAGUUUGACUCCCGAAAAUGAAAAUUUGGGAUCACAUGAAAGUUUAAGCAAUUUUUCAGAAUUUCAAGAUGACCAAAGUUUAAAAAGUUUGAAAGCGACGAAAGGUGACCCAAGAUACCCUGUUUUAUCGGAAACUUCUACUGUUUCAUUGGAAACAACUACUUCAAUAAAACCAGGAGAAUAUGAUGGCAAAAAUCGCAGAACUUCAGGACUUGGACGUUGGGCUCUUGAAAUGUCUACGUCACCUUUUAGAGGCAGUAAGAAACUCAUGGUUCAAUCAUUAAACUUUUUGUCUCUUUCUUCCAGUUCAACUUCAAAAUAUGACAAUGUCAACGAAACUAAAGAAACAACAGCAGAAAAAAAAGAUGAGGAGGUAAUUAAGAGUGAAAAAGUUGAUGCUAAUGUAGAAAAACGACUAAAUGAAAGAUCGUUUUAUGAAUUUUUGCAUGAACUAAAUGCUCUAUUUUAUGUUCGUUCUCAAUUGUUUGGCAAAGAAAGUCAUUAG